GACAGAGAGAGGGUACCCCAGGAAUCACAGCUGGGGAGCAGGGGCUGAGGCCAUAGGGUGCUGCUUAUUUGAAGGGGGUGGCACAGAAAGGCAGAGAGCAAGGAGACUGGGAUAAAGCUGUCUGACCCACUUAGCUCAAGCUGGAUUGUUAGAUUCUUCCUACCCAUGCCAUGUGAGAGGGUGGGAGAAGAGCUUGGGAACAGUAUGGGAUAGGAGUCAUAAAGGAAGGAGCUCCAAGCAACCCAAGGCUGCAAGAUGGAAGUGAUGGAGCAAGAGGAGUCUCAGCAGGUGCCCAUCUUCUUUGGAGCAGGACCUCCCUUGUAUGAAGCCCCAGAUCUGGGGGAAGAUGCCAGCCUUUACAUGGAGUUCAUGAUGAAGAAUUGCUGUUACAAUGCCAUUCCUACUAGCUGCAAGUUGGUCGUGUUUGACACCACACUCCAGAUAAAGAAGGCGUUCCUGGCACUUGUGGCCAAUGGAGUACGGGCAGCUCCCCUCUGGGACAGUAAACAACACUGCUUUGUGGGUAUGCUCACCAUCACCGACUUCAUUAAUAUCCUGCACAGAUACUACAAGGCGCCCUUGGUUCAGAUAUAUGAACUGGAGGAGCACAAAAUAGAAACAUGGAGAGACGUGUACCUGCAAAGUUCUUUCAAGCCAUUAAUCUAUAUCUCCCCAGCAGACAGCCUUUUCCAAGCUGUGUAUUCACUCAUCAAGAAUAAGAUCCACCGGCUACCAGUAAUGGAUCCCGUAUCUGGCAACAUCUUGCAUAUCCUCACGCAUAAACGCCUACUCAAGUUCCUUCACCUCUUUGGUGACACUCUGCCUAGGCCACAGUUCUUGCAGAAGACCAUCCUGGAGCUGGGCAUCGGCACUUUCAGGGAUAUAGCAGUAGUGCAGGACACUUCUUCUGUCUACAAUGCACUGGAAAUCUUUGUAGAGAGGAGAGUUUCUGCCCUCCCUGUAGUGAAUGAAUCUGGGCAGGUGGUUGGACUAUAUUCCCGCUUCGAUGUAAUACAUCUUGCAGCACAGAAGAUCUAUAACAACCUGGAUAUCAGUGUGCUAGAUGCUCUGCGCUUGCGUAGCCUGUGUAUCGAGGGGGUCCUCAUGUGUUAUCCCCAUGAAAGUCUGGAGGUGGUCAUUGAUCGAAUUGUACGAGAACAGAUUCAUCGCCUGGUUCUGGUGGAUGAAGAGCGUCGUCCUCUGGGUAUUGUGUCUCUCUCUGACAUUCUUCAAGCGCUGGUGCUCACUCCCGCAGGUAUUGACCGCAAUUCCUUGUGACCCGUUGAAGCUCAGGAUGUUAAGUAUGUUGCACUCGUGGAUUGGAUUGGUGUGAUUGGAUGUAUUUGUGGUUCUGUAACCAGAAGGAUGAUUCUGGACAUAGUCUGAAAGAGAAACAUUCUAUCAAGGUCUAGAAGAUUAUGGUAGAUACUUCCAGGCAAUGAAGGACUGAUGGAGGCCAAAGAUGAAGAAUGGUUGUUGAGAGGUGGAUGGGACAUCUUUCAUAUUGCAAAGCCUCUUCCAUCCAGCACCUCAUAAACUGACAAUCCCCAACUGUUUUACAAACAUGGUACAUGCCACAAAGGAACCUUUUUUAUUCAUUAAUAUCUUUGAACAGAGUAUGGGAUGUUGUCAGGUGGAUGGAUGUUCUUGGGUUGAUGGCUCAGCUGGAACCAUCAGCCACACAUGAAGCCACGCAUUGGCGAUGCUUGGUAAAGAAGUGGAUCAUUGGACAUUCAGUCACCUACAUAUAGAUUAUGUUUACACCCCUCUAAUUUAGGGAAGGCCAUCUUGUAGGCACCUUUGGCUGUCGGGGAUCCUGGGAUUCAUAGUUUAACAUGAGCUGAUGAGUUCAAGGCUGGAUUUUCUGGUACCAGUCAGCCAAUGGCUUAUGCAAUUCUCUUUAAGGGAAUAAUAGUCUGAUCAGCAUUUUACCAAAUGAAAAGAAAAUUAAUGCCAGAAAAUGCCCUUUAUGCAUUUACCCAUUGAGUUCACUUAGUCUGCAAAAUCUCUAGAAAGCGUGAUAUUUAAUUGCAAGAUCUUUACCAUUGUAGUGCUUUGUGUCCCAAACUAUGAAUGUAUAUUGUAUAAUGUUCUACUGAACUCAGCAGGUUUGACUUUGCUUAGACUACUACUAAUAAAGGUUGACUGAACACAGUAGGGUAAUAGCAAAAAUACUACAAUAAUAAAUAAAUACCUUUUAAAAAA